GGGAAGGGCACACGUGCCGCCGCCGCCGGAAGGAGCAGAACGCUUCUUGGCCCAUCAGAUCCAAGCACUGGGGUCGCGAGGUGCAAUGGAGAGUUCUGAGCCUGACCCUGCGGACGACACUUCCAUGGACGCAUUCCUGGAUAAAUUCCAGAGCCAACCUUACCGCGGCGGCUUCCGCGAGGACCAGUGGGAGGAGGAAUUUGACAAGAUCCCCCUAUUUAUGAAGAAAGCACCAUCAGAAAUAGAUCCCAAGGAGUUCCCUGACUUGGCUUGCCUUCAGUCAAUUAUUUUUGAUGAUGAGCGAUCUCCAGAAGAGCAAGCCAAGGCCUAUAAAGAAGAAGGCAAUGAUUAUUUUAAAGAAAAAGACUAUAAGAAAGCUGUGGUUUCAUACAGUGAAGGAUUAAAGAAGAAGUGUGUAGACCCUGAUUUGAAUGCUAUCCUUUAUACCAAUCGGGCUGCGGCACAGUACUAUCUCGGCAAUUUCCGCUCUGCCCUCAACGAUGUGCUGGCUGCCAGGAAGCUGAAGCCCGGCCACCUGAAAGCCAUAAUAAGAGGUGCCAUUUGCCAUCUUGAACUGAAACACUUUGCCGAGGCUGUGAACUGGUGUGAUGAGGGGCUACAGAUUGAUGCCAAAGAGAAGAAACUUCUAGAAGUGAGGGCAAAAGCAGACAAGCUGAAGAGGAUGGAAGAGAGGGAUCUGAGGAGGGCAAAGUUGAAAGAAAAGAAGGAACAGAGACAGACCGAGGCUCUACUCCAGGCCAUCAAGGCUAGGAACAUCAGGCUUGUCUCGGAAGCGGUGGUUAAGGAUGAAGAUUCAGCCUCCAAUGGUCCAACUGAGAUCAUCCUGAAUGGGCUCAGCUCUGAGAACCCUGGUGGAGCCAGGCUAAGUCUAAAUAAUCAAGGCAGGCUGAGCUGGCCUGUGCUGUUCCUGUACCCAGAGUAUACGCAGUCUGACUUUGUCGCUGCCUUUCAUGAGGAUUCCAGGUUUGUUGACCAUCUCAAGGUGAUGUUUAGUGAAGCACCCUCCUGGGACUCAGAGCAGAAAUACUACCUGGAUAAUUUGGAGAUCUACUUCGAGGAUGAGGAUGGAGCAGAACUGUACCAGGUGUCCCCCUGGAGCACUCUGCUGCAGGUGCUGCAGCACCCCAGGUACUUGGUGAAGGCCCUUACACCAACAUUCGUGGUCUGUGUAGGAUCCUCUCCUUUCUCUGAGAAUUAUCUUCAGGGGAAAAGGGUACACAGGGACAGUGGUUGCUAACCUCAUGCUGGGGACAAGCUGCUGGCCUCCCUGAAGCUCCGCCUGUCUGACUGAGUGCCGAGUUCCAGCUGGGCCUCCCCCUCCUCAGAUUCACAGCUCUGUCUUGGUCAGAACAGCCUUGGAGUCCAUGGCUGAAGGAGCAUCUGCUGCAGUUGCCCGACAAGCUGGCCUUGGUGACUCCCUGGCCUGUAGAUUGUGUCAGGGCACAGCAACAGUCUUAACCUUUGUGGCAUCGGGCAUGUACAGAAGGCUCCUCCAAGGCAGUAACUAGCCCUGCAUAGUAUUCUACGGUUGUAGGGCUGAGACUGAGCCUGGCUCUCCACCAGAAUCGGGGAGAGCUAUGAGGGAUGCUGUGGAUACCAUGAGGUGAAUGGAGCCAUGAAGCCACAUCCUGUUUCUGCGUUAAUGACUGUACAGACCGUAAUCCUCGGGACCAGUUCCUCUGCCCUCCCAGUGUGAGAACUGCAACAGACCAGACAGUAGCUCCCGAGUGCUUUCCCGAUUCCUCAGCUCCAGUCACGCUCCUGCCUCAGCAGAAGAAUGCUGGGUUAGGGUGUGCACCACUGUAUCUGGCUAGUAGUCCUUUUGAUCUGGAAAGUCGUGAUCUGUCGAUAGUUUUUUUUUUUUUUUUCUUGUGCUGUUCAUCCUAGAGACUUUGUGUACUCUUCCCUGCAGCUGAGUGGCUUCCUGCAAUGCCCCCCUAUCUCCCAAGGGGAGAAGGGCUGUGAGCAGAUGUGACUCAUGCCACAUCUGACAGAAGCGGGAGGAGCCAGUGGGCAGUGGGUUGCAAGUAGUCUGGUGUUCUUUUCCCUCUGCCGUGAGGCCCCGUUUCUUAAGUAGGAACAUCCCCUUCAGCCUGCGUGUCUCAAAGCAGCUGGCCUAAAGCCGCUGAUUGUAGUCAAGUGAAAGGCAAAUGUUUUUUUGUAGUAAACACUGAGAUUUGGGGGGGUUGCAUGUUACUACAGCAAAACUGACUAAUAAAUACAUCAUUAAACUGA